AUGUAUGGGUACAGAACAUUGAAAGAUUUUAACUCAGCUCGUUUGGCAACGUUCAUGAAGACAUACAAAAUCGAAGAUAAUGAGGCUAUUCUGAAAACAAAAAGCAAUUCCGAACGGUCAGCUUUACCGCCGUAUGUGGUCUCAUGCUUCGCAGCACAUAGCAACUAUAACUAUAGUCCGAUUGAUUAUGGCUGGCAAGAAGAAGAUGGAAAAUAUAUUUUCAAGUGGUUCGAUGGAGAACAGUUGCCUGACCUUCAAGAUAUCACCGAUGAUUUAUCAAAAAAUCUAACAGAAGAUGCUGACGGAGACGAAGAGUCAUCAGAUUAUGACGAUGACGAUGACGAUGAAAGCUCUACAGAAGAGUCGGACAUCCAGAGUGAUAGUGAAACCCAUUAA